CCACGCGCAUCACCCGGCUCUCCCUUUCCGUGCCACUCGCCCCCAAGCCCCGAACCCUCGCCGCCGCCUCCGAGACAGCCGCCGCCACCAUGGCCACGACGACCGCCGCCACCGCGGCCGCCGCGCUCACCGGUGCCAUCACCGCCGCUCUCCGCGCCCCGGCCGCCGCCGCUCUCCGCGCCCCGGCCGCCGCCCAUGGAGGCAUACCGGCCACACCGGCGCUGCAUCCCGCGGCGGCUUCUGCAGCGCCAUCUUCCUCGCCGGCCGACCUCUCCCGGUGGCCGCAGCGGAGGGGUUACUCCCAGUUCGCGAGCGGGUUCACCCCGCUGAAGCCGAAGCCGCUGGAAUCCAUCAUCGACGUCGAGCGCGCCAAGGGCCUCUCGCCUGAGCACCUCGUCGCCGCCUGGGAUGACUAUCAUUUGGGAAGAGGUCAUAUAGGUGCAUCUAUGAAAACAAAGCUUUACCAUCUCUUGGAACAAAGAUCAUCUACGUGUCGUCACUUUGUUAUUCCUUUGUGGAAGGGAAGUGGAUACACCACUAUGUUCAUGCAAGUCCAGAUGCCAUACAUGAUCUUCACAGGACUCGAAGACUAUAAAGCAAGAGGCACUCAAGCAAGCCCUUACUACACAGUCACCCAUUACACAGAGUUCGCAGAAACCAAGGACACUGUGCUUAUUCGAGGAGAUGUUGUUUUCACCAGCAAGCUAACUGAUUCAGAGGCAAAGACCCUUUUGGAGACUGCUCACUCAUUCUACCUGAAUGAUGUGAGGUACAGACUCGUGGAGCGCUUCAACAAAGAGACCCACGAGUUUGAAUUCAAAGAUGUUCUUCAAGUUCUUGAUAUGCCAACCAUGUGACCAGUUUAAUUCCCAACCAAUAGCAAAUAUUCCCAGUGGGGCCUGUUCGCUUCAGCUUAUAAGCCGGCUGAAAAGCUGAAACGGCUGAUUUGUUGUGAGAGGAAAACACUGUUUGGUGGCUGAUAAGCCGGCUGAAUAAGCUGAAGUGAAAAAGCAGAUGUGGACUUGUAGAUUGCUUUUUGUCACCUCAAUUUGGCACUGUAGAUUGCUUUUUUUUGUAUUGAAUGCGGUAAGAUGGAGGCGCCUGAUCUUGCUGACUGAGAAUUCUGUGUGGACUUUGUCAGACUGACAACGUCAUUAGAAAAUUUUGAUUGUGCUAAGCAGAUGUGGACUUGACGUGCCAGGAGAAAUUCCCUAGCUAUUUCCUGUUGUUUCUUUCUAGCCAACUAGAUCCAUAACAGCACUUAUAUUGUCUUGGUGUAUUAUUUUUUAAUAAGUUUAUGGAAACAUAAAGUUGUUGUUUGUGGCAAA